AUGGAUUUUGUUGCUGGAGCCAUUGGAGGUGUCUGCGGUGUUGCUGUGGGCUACCCCCUGGACACGGUGAAGGUCAGGAUCCAGACGGAGCCCAAGUACACGGGCAUCUGGGACUGCAUCUGGGACACGUAUCGCCGAGAGCGGGUGUGGGGCUUCUACAGGGGCCUCUCGCUGCCCGUGUGUACCGUGUCCCUGGUCUCGUCCGUGUCUUUUGGCACCUACAGCCACUGCCUCGCGCAUAUCUGCCGGUUCCGGUAUGGCAGUGCCGACGCCAAGCCCGCCAAGACUGACAUCACGCUCUCGGGGUUCGCCUCCGGCCUUGUCCGCGUGUUCCUGACCUCGCCCACCGAGGUGGCCAAGGUCCGCCUGCAGACGCAGACGCAGACGCAGACGCAGGUGCAGACGCAGCAGCGGCGCCCCUCGGCCUCGGGGCCCUCGGCUGUGCCCCCCACGUGCCCCGGGCCCAAGUACCGGGGGCCGCUGCACUGCCUGGCCACGGUGGCCCGGGAGGAGGGGCUGCGUGGCCUCUACAAGGGCAGCUCGGCCCUGCUCUUCCGGGACGGUCACUCCUUUGCCACUUACUUCCUCUCCUACGCCAUCCUCUGUGAGUGGCUGACUCCUGCUGGCCACAGCCGGCCCGAUGUCCUGGGCGUGCUGGCGGCCGGUGGCUGUGCAGGGGUGCUGGCCUGGGCCGUGGCCACCCCCAUGGACGUGAUCAAGUCGCGCCUGCAGGCAGACGGGCAGGGCCAGCAGCGCUUCCGGGGCCUCCUGCACUGUGUGCUCACCAGCGUUCGCGAGGAGGGGCUGAGGGUGCUCUUCAAGGGGCUGUCGCUCAACUGCUGUCGUGCUUUCCCCGUCAACAUGGUGGUCUUCGUCACCUACGAGGCGGUGCUGAGGCUCACGCGGGGCCUGCUCACGUAG